AAAAGUAACUCCUUACAGACAAAGACUAUAUAUACCACUUUCUACCAAAGGAAGAGAUAAAAAGAAAAUUUAUCACGAUUUAACAAAACAAAUGAUGUAUUGACCCCGAAAAAAACGCAAGAACAAAACCCGAUUAACAUGAUAGAUUUUUUGGAUAAGCUGAUUAACAUGCAUGGAUGUGGAUUGACUAGGUCUCUUCCUCUUCCUCCUCCUUUGACUGCACCCAACAACUUCCUUUCUCAAAUUAGCACACAACUAUGCUUGAGAUCCCUUCUUUCCAUCCAGACCCAAAACCCGUCACUUUCUUUCAUACCCACUUCUAAAUAUAGAUAUACAGGUGCUUUCAGCUACGGGAAUCAUGGGAUUCGUAACAAUGGAGGAAGACGUGGCAACAGACCAGUGGCUAUGAGAGCAAGCCGCGGAGAAUCUCCGUACGAGAUUCUGGGAGUGUCCCCAUCCGCAACUUCCGACGAAAUCAAAAGGGCCUAUAGGAAACUUGCCCUCAAGUAUCACCCUGAUGUUAACAAAGAGGAUAAGGCGCAGGAGAAGUUUAUGAGGAUAAAGCAUGCAUACAAUACCCUGAUAAAUUCUAAUUCCCGCAGAAAAUAUGAUUUUGGAAAUCGUGGUUCUGAUUUUUCAUAUUCCUCUUCUCAAAGAAGCCAAAGUAGGAGCACACAAGAAGAAGAAUUUUAUGGAUUAGGUAAUUUUUUCAGGGAUGUUCAAAUAACAAUAGAGGACUUUUUUAAAGAUCUUCAAGAAGAAUUCAAGAACUGGGAAGCUAAUGCUGCUUCAGAGGGAAAGCCAAAGAGCCUAUGGGAGGAAAUAGCGGAAAUAGGAGAAGAAUUUGUGGAGUUUCUUGAGAAAGAACUCAAUAUUGUUGAUACAGAAGCUGAUCAAAAUAACAAUGAAACAACAACUCAGGGUGGAAAUAAAUCUAACAUGUCUGGGACAGGCACACCGGAUAAUGAAGCUGGCAAAGGAAAAACAAGCAUUGAAGAUAACCUUGAUGAUGUAGAAGCCACUCUGGCCAAGUUAAAGAAGGAACUAGGCUUAUAGGCUUAUAGCACAGAUGGAUUAGGUUCCAAGUAGGCCGGGACCAAAAGCCAAUGUUUUCCAUUAAAGAUUGCCUAAGUGGGCGUGUAAAGUUCAUUUGCUUUGCGUUGGGAGCUCAAGUUGUCAAAUUCAUGAGCAUACUCUUUUAUAGUGUUUUAAAUCCUCAAUUUACAUGGAUUCCAGGUUUGAGACCCUGAGUAAUUUUAUAUUAGUAGGGUCUCAAAAUACCACAAAGUGAAUAUAUUCUUUUGGGUUACUCAUUUCCCCGUUA